AUGCCGUCCGAGACAACGUCAAAUCCGUAUGACCAUGUCACCACGGCUGACCUCUACACCAUCAAGUUCGAUAACCUCUUCGACCGAGAUGAAGAAGAGUUGAAGACGCUUCUGAAAGCUUGUGAGAGAGAUGGCUUUUUCUACCUGGAUCUUCAAGGCAUGGGCUCUGAGAAAUUGUGGAAGGACUUGAAUGAAGUUGGCCAAAUUACUCAAGAAUGGUUUGCCCAACCUAGAGAGGUGAAGCUCAAGACUCCAACAGUCUCCCUGGCUCAUGGGUUCAAGGCCACCGGAAACCAAUCUGGAGCAGUCGAGACACUAAAGGACGGCUUCGAAGCUUUGAAGAUUGGGAGAUAUGAACUUCUCGGUCGCUGGGCUCUUCCAUCCGUUGUACAGGAUCACCUACCGCUGUUCGACCAAUUCACCGCCUCAUGCCACUUCAUCCUGAAACUUCUCCUUGACUGCCUAUCAGAUGGUCUGAAUCUUAAAGGUAAUGCUCGUCUAGACUCCUAUCACCGCGAUGAUGCCCGCUCCAAGAGUACUCUCUACUUUCUACACUACCCUCCCGGCAUCCAGAAUCUGAACGAAGUUGGUCAAAACAUGCACACAGACAUUGGAACGCUGACGCUCCUCUUCGCGCCGCAAUGGGGUCUCCAAGUCGUCUCUCCAGUAACUGGUGGCUGGGAAUACGUUAAGCCAUGUCCAGGUCACGCAAUUGUCAACGUUGCGGAUACGCUGCGUUUCCUAUCGAACAAACGCUUUCGCUCGGCCUUGCAUCGCGUGCUUCCUCUAGGAGGCAUCCAACAGGAAGAUCGCUACUCAAUCUCAUACUUCCUGAGAGCCGCUGACUCGACUGAGUUCAAGGACAGCAACGACGAAGCGUCUAACGCAAAGAACUGGUACUUGACAAAGUAUGAAACAUAUGAACUGCCGCAUGAAAUUCAGGGCAAGCAAACUGUGUUAUCGGGAGGCAUGGCACAGGAGUUGCAGGUCACAUUCUGA